AUGCUCGUCGCUCGCCAGCCGUUACACCCGUUGCCAAUGUCAUCGACCCAACGCCCGAAGCGAAGGUUAAGCGCACAGCUGCAGGAAAAGGUUGACGCGCCUCUCCGCGCAACUCGUCCGACGGUCAACGGAGAUGUAGACGCACAAGGGAGCGUUCUAGAUACGAGGCGCGCGCAGCCCUCCCGAGCUUCCAAUGACAAGAAAAGGAAAAUGAAUUACGACGAGGAAGAUGAUGGGUUUCAGUUUAAACGCGUCAAACAGAAGAAAUCCGGAAUCACCAAGGUACAUCAAGCACAGAACACCGAACCGACUGCGAAGAACGCGCCGCAGGCCAAAGAACCGACAGAAGGUCCAAAGGUUGCGAAAGAGGACGUCGAGUCCGUAUCGCAAGCCAAAAAGAGGCGGCAUAGACUAUCAUUUUCGACCCCCAAACCUAAAGCCGAUGCUCCCGUGCGGCGCUCCAAGCGUCUUUCUCGCGAUAACGAGCAGAGUGAUGGGAGUCCAGUGAAAGAGAUCACGCGCGAUGACAAGUACAAACGACGGCGGCAGGAGCCUGAAGAGCGUCCCCAUGACACAACCGAGAUGGUCAAUCAAGCAGAGCCAACGGAUCCACCCCAGCUCAUUACUGAAGCGGAAGAUGACAAUUCGGAGAGGAAUCAUAGAAAGGAGAAUGUGCCCACCCAACAGAGAGAUCAAUCUGCUACAAAGAUUGCGCUACCAUUCGCCGACACACCAGUCAUCAAGAGGAAUAAAGCCAUGCGCGAAGGCAAGAGUGGGAAAGGUGAGAGAAGGAGUAGUUUAGGUCUCCGGGGGCGGAGAGCCAGCUCCCUCAUCGAAACGGGGAAUUCCAAUGCUCUUCCACACAAAGAAGUCGAGAUACCGGAUUUUCACAAGCAUAUCGAAAGCGAGGGUCUUCCUGAACCGCGGCGAAUGAGACAAUUGCUUACGUGGUGUGCCACACGUGCUCUCGAUGAGAAGCCCAUGGGGGCGGAAUUUGAAGACGCAAGCGCACGAGCGGCGGCUCGAGUCGUUGAAGAAGAGCUGCUGAAAGAUCUGUCAAACAAGUCGGAGCUGUCUGAUUGGUUUGGCCGCGAGGAUGCCCCUAUUCAGAAAAGGCCGCUUCCGGAACGGCCGAACCCUAAAAAUCUUCAGAACAUCGAGAAGAUUGCCGAGCUGGAGGAACAGAUCAAACGGCUUCGAGCAGAAAAGGAUGCAUUGGAAUCCUUACAUCAGCCACCUAAGAUUCCUCGAUUGGGUGAGCUCGAUACACCGAUCAGGCUUCAAAACAAUCAUCUAGACAAGUCACUACUGUCCGACGCCGAUAUAACGGCUCUCGAGGCGUCAGCAGCUAGUCACACAACUUCCUUCGACCAAAUAUCGGAUCGUCUAAAUCGACUCCACCAGUCGUUAGGUCCAACCAUUGAUACAUUUGCAGACGGCAUCCACGCGAUAGGGCAGUAUUGUGAGUCUGCAGACAAUGUUGCAGGUAGAGUGCUAUCCCUGUGCGCCCAAAGACUGGCUCAGCGGGAGCAUGAGGGAAGGAAGAGGGCGCUGCCGGCAGCACAGGGCACUCCGCCGAAAGAUUUAGGCGGUGUAUUACGCAGUUUGAGCAGAGCCGACAGAUGA